GGGAGAGGCCGCUCUAGGCAGCGGGGAGGUCGCGAAGUUGAGGGGGUAGGGAAAGGAAAGCAGCCUCUCCUCUAUGGUCGCAAGGCCGGGGCAUUUUCACCCGAAGUCGGUCCUAAGUUACUUCCGGUAGCGAAACCUCUACCUCUUCCUCUGCUCCAGCGGGGGGUCCGGGCAGGGGAUAAUGGCCGAGUGGGUCCCGGGACAAGUGGAAUGAUUAAUGAUGUUUUGCAGCAGUUUUCUACAUCUGAAAUUUUCUAUGUCUGUGGAUCCCAGAAUUUGCUAAAAAAUGGACGAACCUCAGAAAUGCUAUCUGAACACAGUGGACCUUGAGAAAGAUGACCCUCUCAAAAGCACCGGCCCUCAGAUUUCUGUUAGUGAAUUUUCUUGCCACUGCUGCUACGACAUCCUGGUUAACCCCACCACGUUGAACUGUGGGCACAGCUUCUGCCGUCAUUGCCUUGCUUUAUGGUGGACGUCUUCAAAGAAAACAGAAUGUCCAGAAUGCAGAGAAAAAUGGGAAGGUUUCCCAAAAGUCAAUAUUCUCCUCAGGGAUGCUAUUGAAAAGUUAUUUCCUGAUGCCAUUAGGAUGAGAUUUGAAGACAUUCAGCAGAAUAAAGACAUAGUCCAAAGUCUUGCAGCCUUUCAGAAAUAUGGAAACGAUCAGAUUCCUUUAGCUCCCAACACAGGCCGAGUGAAUCAGCAGAGGGGAGGGGGAUUUUUUUCUGGUGUGCUCACAGCUUUAACUGGAGUGGCAGUGGUCCUGCUCGUCUAUCACUGGAGCAGCAAGGAAUCUGAACAUGAUCUCCUGGUGCACAAGGCUGUGUCAAAAUGGACAGCAGAAGAAGUUGUCCUCUGGCUGGAGCAGCUGGGCCCUUGGACCUCUCUUUACAGGGAAAGGUUUUUAUCUGAACGAGUAAACGGAAGGUUGCUUUUAACUUUGACAGAGGAAGAAUUCUCCAAAUCGCCAUAUACCAUAGAAAACAGCAGCCACAGGAGAGCCAUCCUCAUGGAGCUGGAACGUGUAAAAGCAUUAGGUGUAAAGCCCCCUCAGAAUCUCUGGGAAUACAAGGCUGUGAACCCAGGCAGGUCCCUGUUCCUGCUAUAUGCCCUCAAGAGCUCCCCCAGGCUGGGUCUGCUCUACCUGUACUUGUUUGACUACACAGACACCUUCCUGCCCUUCAUCCACACUAUCUGCCCUCUGCAAGAAGACAGCUCUAGGGAGGACAUCAUCACUAAGCUUCUGGAUCUUAAGGAGCCUACGUGGAAGCAGUGGAGAGAGUUCCUUGUCAAAUACUCCUUCCUUCCAUACCAGCUGAUUGCCGAGUUUGCUUGGGACUGGCUGGAGGUCCAUUACUGGACAUCACGGUUUCUCAUCAUCAAUGCUAUGUUACUCUCAGUUCUGGAAUUAUUCUCCUUUUGGAGAAUCUGGUCAAGAAGUGAACUGAAGACUGUGCCUCAGAGGAUGUGGAGCCAUUUCUGGAAAGUAUCAACGCAGGGGCUUUUCGUGGCCAUGUUUUGGCCCCUCAUCCCUCAGUUUGUUUGCAACUGUUUGUUUUACUGGGCCCUGUACUUUAACCCAAUUAUUAACAUUGACCUUGUGGUCAAGGAAGUCCGGCGUCUGGAAACCCAGGUGUUGUGACUGGCACUGCCCAGUCUCAGACUCUUCAAGUUCCACCGAUGUCUGAGCUUUGAUGCUUAAGCGGGGUGAGGCAGGGAGCGGAAUUCCUAUUUUCUACCCCCAGUAAAACAAGGUGCUGCUUUGUAUGUCAAACGCUCCAACCAUGUCCUCCCCCUCGGCCUGUGGGUAGUGUCAUCAGGGACUGACAUCCUUGCAGGGAGGACUGUCUGUGUGGCUGACACAGCAACAGCCCUGCCCACCCGGCCACCUUCCUCACAGGGACUGGGAGGUUCAGUCCCCAACGGCUGGCAAGACUCAGGGUCCUCAGUGGAUGUGGUGUGGGUGACAUCAGACGGGUGCCACAUCAGUCCCCUCCCCAAUGUCAGUGACUGACAGAGGAUCCCGGAUCUCAGAGCCCAAGACCAGGCUUGUGGGGUCCUGGCCUGUCCUCUAAGUCAAGUUUAGGAAAACAAGGAUAAGAUUCUGUCAUAGGCAUAGAGAGUUGCACAUAAAAAAUACAGAAGAAAAAAAAAAAA